CCGAGCCACAGAUCCUGUUACAGGGAUCCAGACUUUUUUUUUUUCAUGGCAAGUUUUUUCGGAGGUGGGGGGAGGGUUGACUCUACAACUUUUUCUUUUUUUGUUCUUCCCCUAAACGCUUCAAAUGAAAACUUCAUAACGUUAAAGUUCCUCAUCCCUCCUUUCCACACCUGAGCGCACUCUUUCUGUGCGCGUGCGUGCGCGCGCGCGCGCGCGUGGAGCAGUUUGGAUAAUGAGCGGAUCCAGGAGGCUCCAGCGAGGAUCGGACCAGAGGAGCAGCAUCGAGGAGAAGUUGGGGAGGGCUGCGAGCGAACUUUGAAGCCGAUUGUCCUCAGCAUGCCGCGUCUGGGAGCGAAUUCACAAUCUAAUGACGAAAGCAUCCGCUCCGGAUCUGUCCGGGGAACGGAUCACUGAGCCUCGCGAACACAGAGACAGAACCCAUUCCCCUCCUCCCCUGCGCGGUUGACUCUCUGUCCGUGCCCAAGAUGUCUUCCCACGGCCGGGGCCCCAUUGUUGGAUUGUGCUGGAUGCUGUGCGUCGCGGCUGCCUUGCUCGCGGGCUCCGCGGCAGCGAUGUCUCCCAACGGGACCGUGCUCGAGGAGCACUGCCGGAAAACGACGACCUGCGAGGCUCUGAAGUACAACACAUGCCUGGGGUCGCCUUUGCCCUACACGCACACUUCUCUGAUGCUGGCGGAGGACUCCAGCACCCAGGAGGAGGCUUUCGAGAAGUUGGCCAUGUGGUCUGGUUUGAGGAACGCUCCGCGCUGUUGGUCGGUCAUCCAGCCGCUGCUCUGCGGCAUCUACAUGCCCAAAUGUGAGAACGGUCGGGUGGAGCUGCCCAGCCAGACCCUGUGUCUGUCCACGCGUCGGCCGUGCAGCAUCGUGGACCAGGAGAGAGGCUGGCCCGGCUUCCUCAAGUGUGACAAGUUCCCCGUGGGAUGUUCGAACGAGAUGCAGAAGCUGAAGUUCAACACGUCGGGCCAGUGUGAAGCUCCGCUGGUGAAGACGGACAUUCAGUCGAGUUGGUACAAGGACGUGGAGGGCUGCGGCAUCCAGUGCGACAACCCCCUGUUCACCGAGGCGGAGCACAAUGACAUGCACGUCUACAUCGCUUACUUCGGCACCAUCACCCUCCUCUGCACCUUCUUCACUCUGGCCACUUUUCUUGCUGACUGGAAAAACUCCAACCGCUACCCAGCUGUCAUCCUCUUCUACAUCAACGCCUGUUUCUUCGUGGGCAGUAUCGGCUGGCUGGCCCAGUUCCUGGAUGGGGCACGCAAGGAGAUUGUGUGCAAGAGCGACAACACCAUGCGCCUCGGGGAGCCAUCGUCUUCGGAGACACUGUCGUGCGUCACCAUCUUCAUCAUCGUCUACUACUCCCUGAUGUCCGGUGUGAUCUGGUUCGUCAUGCUGACCUACGCCUGGCACACGUCCUUCAAAGCUCUGGGCACCACCCAGCAGCCGCUGUCCGGCAGGACCUCCUACUUCCACAUGGUCACCUGGUCCGUCCCCUUCGUCCUCACUGUGGCCAUCCUGGCUAUCGCUGAGGUGGACGGAGACUCGGUGAGUGGGAUCUGUUUCGUGGGCUACAAAAACUACAGAUACCGUGCUGGCUUUGUGCUGGCGCCCAUUGGCGUCGUGCUUCUUGUCGGUGGCUACUUCCUCAUUCGGGGUGUCAUGACCUUGUUUUCCAUCAAGAGUAACCACCCCGGACUGCUGAGUGAGAAAGCGGCGAGCAAAAUCAACGAGACGAUGCUGAGACUUGGCAUAUUUGGUUUCCUCGCUUUCGGCUUUGUGCUGAUCACAUUCGGUUGCCACUUCUACGACUUCUUCAACCAGGCUGAGUGGGAGAGGAGCUUCAGAGAAUAUGUGCUGUGCGAAGCCAAUGUGACAAUCGCCUCUCAGACCAACCAGCCAAUCCCUGAAUGCACCAUCAAGAACCGACCGAGCCUCAUGGUGGAGAAAAUAAACCUGUUCUCCAUGUUCGGGACGGGCAUCGCCAUGAGCACCUGGGUCUGGACCAAAGCCACCAUCCUCAUCUGGAAACGCACCUGGUGCAGGAUCAUUGGUCGUAGCGACGACGAACCCAAGAGGAUCAAGAAGAGCAAGAUGAUCGCCAAGGCAUUCGCCAUGAGGAAAGAGCUCCACAAGGACCCGGAGAAGGAACUGUCUUUCAGCAUGCACACCGUGUCACAUGACGGGCCAGUGGCUGGAAUCAAUUUUGAAAUAAACGAACCAUCCAACGACAUGUCAUCAGCUUGGGCGCAGCAUGUGACUAAGAUGGUGGCCCGGCGAGGUGCCAUCCUGCCGCAGGACAUUUCUGUUACCCCUACUGGUACACCAGUGCCACCUCCGGACGAGAGGAAUAGACUGUGGAUGGUGGAGGCUGAGAUUUCACCAGAGAUGAUAAAGAGGAAAAAGAAGAAAAAGAAGAGGAAGAAGGAGGUGCGUCCAGCGAAGGAGGUAGUGGACAACCAGGCUUAUCACCAGCGUGAGUUUGGCCGCAGCUCGGUGCCUCGUCUGCCCAAACUGCCCUGCCACCCGAGCCUGGUCGCCAACCUGCAGGAACAGCAGAAGCUGGAGGAGGAAGUCCUGCCGGGGGCCUGCCCAGACUACCAAACCUCACACCCCCUGUCCUGUGAGGAGAGAUGCCCCUACCUGCCCUACCAGAGUAGUCGGAACAGCUACGGCCGCAGCCUGCUCUCUAAUCAUCUGGCCCUCAAUGAUCUUCCAGAGGAUCUGGGUCUUGGCCCCCGCUGCCCCCCCUCAGCUUCCACCUGGCAGCCAAGUGGAUCUUCUCACUUCCCCCGUGAGAUGGAUCGCACCGACGGGCUCUCGGACAGGUUGGCCCAUGUGGCUCGGGUACCAGUAGGCCGGAGGGCCGGCUACGGGCCCAUCCACUCCCGGACCAAUUUGAUGGAGGCGGAGCUUAUGGAUGCUGACUCUGACUUCUAGGAGCAAAGCGCCAGUACGUUGUGGCUGUUUCUUUGUGGUACACAGACAGUAAGCUAUAAAAAAAAAAGUGCUGGAUACUUAUAAAAUUCUUACUUAAGUGCACCUAGAUUACGAUGCCCAGAGGAUAAGAUGGAACUGAGCUGGUCAUUUUUUUUUAAAUUUUCUCUUAAAUUCUGCUUUGUGUUUUUGGAAAAAAAGAAAAGCAAAAAGGGAUAAAGUGAAAAAAAUGUGUUGUGAAUAAGUUAAUGAAAAAAAAAAUACUUUUUGUACUUUAUUUGUGUCCAAUAAAAUUUCAAAGGCAACUCCAUGAUGAUGAUGAGACAAAUGAGGCAGCUAAACUGUACGUGGCUUGAAACAAUAUAGAUAUCUUUAGUCCGAAAGCCUGUGACCUCUGCCCUGCAUGGGAUGACACUCAACACCGGUGUCAGACAGGUGACGUCGUAAAUGUUGUCAUAAAUCAAGCUGACGCAAAUACCGAAUUUUGGCGGAUUACUAGAGCAGGCGCGACAUUUUAAGGCUCUUAAGGUGAGAUCCUAGAGUUAAUAAUGUUCUUCACAUUUGAUUGAACUUUAGUGCCGUGAUUAUUUGAACUAUCCCAGUGCAGCAAAAAGUUUAAGAAGCAAACAAACUACAGGCUGCUAAAAGGAAUUCUGUUGAACCCAGGUCUCCUCUCAUAUUAUAUGUUAAUGUUUCUUUCUUACCGCCACUAUUUAGCCAACAACUAUUCGUGUUUAUGUACAGUUAACUUGAGGUACUAACAUUAUCUCCCCUGCACUACUGGUAACUACUAUCACUCCUAAGACCUCAGACUUUGUGAGGGACGUAAAACUGAAGCCAGUAAGUAUUGAAAGGAACGGUUCAAGUUUGACAACUCAUCCUGCUCAGAAAAGAAAAAAGGAUUUUCUUCACUUUUUCCUUAAAAUAACCCAAAUUAUUAUCUUAUCCUCACUGUCCUUGAUUUUUAAAUGAGCAAAGUAAAAGAAACUUUUAUUUACUAUAAUUUAAUGUUACUGAACUAAAAUACAGACAAAUUAUCGGUUGCCUGGUGCAAUAAACCAACACUUGUUGCCGUUAUCAAUUGAAUUGAAUGGUCUGAUCAUCAUUUUCGCAUUUCACCUUGUUCAGUUAUUGUCAAAUGGUUAUUUUUUUACGGCAGUAUUUCUUCUUCUUCUUAAUCUGUUGUAUAUAUUCCAUCUAAACUCUUUUGUAUGAUGCUGUUAACUCUGCAUUGGGUAUAGAAAGAAUGUUUCUACAAUACUUUCCUCAAUGCUCCUGCUUUUCCGUUGCUGUCUUUUCCUACAUGUGUGUGUACUGUACAUAAGCUGUUCAUAGAUUUCUCAAUAGGGGUAUUAUUUGUACAGAUGUCUAUAUCAAAUCACUUGAUACUCUGCUGACAUGAUAUAUAAAAAGGGAAGAGUCAAUUAUGCUAUAAAAAAAGUUGUCACUGUACUUGUGCUGUAACCAAAAUUUCACCUAUUGUUGUCAUUUUAUAUUGCUGCGGAUAAAUGAUGCUGAAGUAGACUUGUGCUAGAUCGCUUCUUAGCCAACGGAGAAUGAGCUUUGUCUAAUUUGUCUACAUGAGAGGAUUAUUUAUGUUCGCAGUAGUUAACACACUGCUAUGAAUUUAACAUUUUAGUUUGGCAACAGAAAUAAAGUAACGCUAACAUUCUCCCAAAUAUUUCAUUUGCAAAGAUUAUUUGCUAAUUAAAUAAAGAUUGGGUUUUUUUCAUGCCGUGAAAAGUAAUCAUUUCGAAAUUUGAGGAAUCAAAAUAUUUACCAAGGGGCCCUUUCUGUGUUGCUUUUUUAGUCUCCCUGCUUAAACCCCCCCCCCCAAAAAAAAAAACCCCAUUAACUGCAAAUGUCCUUUUGUUUUGUUUUGUUUUCAUGUAAAUAAAGAUAAUCCUUCAUGUC